AUGAGUGGGAGCGACGAACGGUCUUUUUACCUAUAUGGGGUGGGAGAGAAGCCCGAGGCCCUACCGUUGGGCAGUCUGGUAUUGGAAAAAUACUGGCAGCCCCUCGUCGCGCGACAUUAUACGCACAAUGUGUUGAGUGUAGAUACCCUCGACCAGUUUGCGUGGUCAAGCCAGUUGGGCCCGUGUACCUUCCACGGUCGUUCGAGUCUCGCUCCCUCUAUCGGACUGAAGGGAGCGGACAUCGCCAAUCUGUCUGUUGGAUGGAGUAAGGACCGAGAGCGGGUGGUAGUGGCCAAGUCGGGAGCUCGAGUGAUAUUGAAGGAUCCUGAAUCUUUCCUCACAAACCAAGUCAUUCCCAAUCCACGUGCGCAGGAGUGUCUCAAGCUUUGGCUUUCCGCCGCCCGCAGCCAAUAUGUCCUCAACUUCAAGUUCGCCCGGCGACCUAAGAUCUGGAUGUUGACGGGUGUCUAUCUGUUGGAGGGCGCCCGUGCCGUGAUCAAAACCGAAAAUGGGUCCAAGGUGUCCGCAGACAUCAGCUCUAGCCUCAUAGGCUCCUUAUCAGGCAUCCCAAUCGGUGGAAGUAUCUCACUGUCCGGAGAGGGAGCAUGGCAGCUGGCGGUGGAAUUGGACGAACGGCACGUCUGGGCAGCCCAGUUCCGCUUGGUUGACACAAAGUACUAUGCCGUGUCUGACAAGUCGGCAAUGCCAAUUAAGACAACCUGUAUGGGAUUAUACAAGGACGUUCUCAGUACAAACAUGCUUCGCAGAGCACAACACCAGCGGCGGGAGGGCGUCGAGUUGGGCCUGGAGCCGGAAGAAGACGGUAAUCCUGAUGAAAAGCUGACAGAUCAAGAUGACGAGGAAUCCCAGGAAUUCUCAAAGCGUCUGGAAGCUGCAAUUGCAGUAUUUGAGGGUGCCCCGAAGCAUUUCUUAGAUUAG